AUGCCGAAGAACACCAGAAAGAUCCAGGGAAAGAAGAGCCAGCAGAAGUUGAAGCUGAGCAACAAGCAAUUCGACGAUCUGCUCAAGGAGGUAAGUAAAUUUUAAUCAAUUCCAUACAAUUCGAAAAAUUGUUCAUCUUAGAUUGGCGGCGGUCUUCCGGAAGGACUGGCUCUCGAUCCGUCGCUUCUCGCGGCUCUCCGUCAGGCCACGGACGAACAGUUCAACAAGGUGGCCGUCGAGAAGUACGGAGUGAUUCCAGAGGGAACCGACAACGAGGACGGCGACGAGGAGAAAGAAAUGGAAGAGGAAGAUUCUUCCGAGCAAAAGGAGACGAAAGAGGAGCCGAAGGAGCAGGAGCAGCAGCCGAGCAGCUCGAAAAACUCCUAA